CGGCCAUUUCCCUCCAUUUUGAGAGAUGAAGCGGCGUAUGGACGACCGGCGCAGCGCCGAGCGCGACAAGCGCCGCCGGACGCGGUCUCGGAGCCCGCAGCGGAAACGAUCGCGUAGUCCGCCACGCAGACGGUCCCGCAGCCCGGUGCGGAAGCGGCCGCAAAGCCCGCCACGUAGACGGUCCCGCAGCCCGAUGGGGAAGCCGCCGCAAAGCCCGCCACGGAGACCGAGCCCACCACCGCGACCAAGCCCACCAAGCGCAUCGCGCGAGGCCGAGGCCGAGCGCAGCACGCCCGUGGCAGCGCGCCCAGCUGCAUUGGCCUCUACACCGCCCGCGCCGCGUGAGGUGGCACCGCGCUUGGAGAAGAACCAAAUGUUUCAGCGCGAGACGGACCCGCACAAGCUCGCGCAGCGCCAGAAGCAGAUCGACUUUGGGAAAAACACGAUCGGGUACGAUCGGUACACCCAAUUGGUCCCAAGGAACGAGCGCAAGCAAGGCGUGCACCCGUCGACGCCCGACAAGACGCAGGCGAUCAGCAAGCGCAUGUGGGAUGGUCGCGUGCGUGUAUGGCGCUCGGCGCUGCACUUUUGGGACCCUGAGACGCCACAGGCACCGGUAGCGCCGGCAUCGACUGCCCUUUCGGCAACAGCACAUACGGUGGUACCCUCGACGGCGCCACCCAAGCCCAAGGUCGGCGAUGCAUCGCUGUUUGACGACUUCAAGGACGAGACCGCUGCUCCCGUCGACGACAUGGACGAAGACGACUUGCUAUAAAGAUAAAGCACCACUGUAUGCAUUCG